AUGAACGUAAACCAAACCGAGGACAAGAUCUCAAUUUCGAAUCGCUCCGUCAAUGUCACCGUUACAGAUCCUGGUAUAUCAAAACCACCCACAGAUACAUUUUCAGCCACACCUCCUGACAGUGAUAAACUAGCCAACUGGUAUACACCAAAAGACUUUGGGCUCAUUCCGAUCCCGAAGCGACUUCGUUAUGACCCCGAUAAGCCGUUCCAUUUCGGAAUGUUUCUGAAUGUACUUUUUGGUGUUACCAGCACAUUUAGUGUAGCGAACUUGUAUUGGUGCCAACCGAUUCUCAUUGAGCUGGCGACCAAUUUUGACGUUUCUUAUGAUGAGAUAUCCAAGCUUCCAACGCUUAUCCAAGCAGGCUACGCUACGGGCCUGAUCUUCAUCUCUCCCCUUGGUGACCUCGUCCGUCGCCGUCAACUCCUCCUCAUCCUAAUAAUUAUCUCCGCCUCACUUACCAUCGGUCUCUCCCUAACCCACUCCCUCCGCACAUUCCAAGUCCUCUCCUUCCUCACAGGCAUCUCCUCAGUAACCCCACAAGUCCUCCUCCCGCUCACCGCAGACCUCGCACCUCCCUCCCGCCGAGCAACAGCCCUCUCCAUCGUCUUCUCCGGCCUGCUUUUCGGUAUUCUCAUCGCACGUGUGUUUUCCGGACUCAUAGCGCAGUUUGCUGAUUGGCGUAUAACAUAUUAUAUGUCGAUUGGUGUACAGUGGGGAUUGGUUGUAGUGUUGUUUUGGAUUGUGCCGGAUUAUCCACCGAAGAAUGCAGGGAAGGAUGGGCACGGUGUUGAGAACGAGGAAGGCGGUGGGAAGUUGGGUUACGGGAGGAUCAUGUGGACGAUGGCAAAGUUUAGUGUUACGGAGCCAGUCCUUAUUCAAGGAUGUUUGUGUAAUCUGGGCUCAGCGGCUGCGUUUAGUAGUUUCUGGGUGACGCUUACUUUCCUGUUGGGUGGAGAACCAUAUAAUUAUUCAACAUUAAUCAUCGGCCUCUUUGGAUUAAUCGGCAUGGUCGGCGUCGCCCUCGCUCCCCUCGUCGGCCGAUUCAUCGAUUUUCUCGUUCCAUGGCAAGCUUCGCUCGUUGCCUGCCUUGGUCUCCUCCUAUUCCAAAUUGUCCAAGUCGUAGGAAACGGACUCAACGUCGCUGCAGUUAUUAUCGCAACAAUCGGAUUGGAUGUCUUCAGACAGAUGCUUGAAACUUCUGUGGCUAUUAGCAUUUUCAGUAUUGCACCGCACGCACGGGCACGGUUGAACGCUAUCUACAUUCUCUCUCUCUUCAUUGGGCAAGUUAUUGGCUCCUCUGCCGGCACCAAAAUCUUCCUCACCUACGGCUGGCGCGCCACAGCUGCUAUGACCCUCGGCCUCACCGCGUGGGCCCUGCUCAUGCUAAUGAUGCGCGGUCCUGGAUGUGAUAGAUAUACGUGGUUUGGCUUCCGGAAUAGUUUAGAUGGUGUGAAAGGAGUGCUAAACAUCAAAGCUAAGGUGAGGGCGGAUGAUGAGAAUGUUCAAGGCGCUUUGGAAGCAGAAAAGGAUGUGGAAAAAAUUGAAGGGGGGCCGUGA